GUAAUAAGUGUUGGAUUAAUAAACUCACUAGCGCCUCUCGCAACCUUUUGGAACAAGGAAACCAAGAUAAGACUUUCAAGUCAAAUAUCUUCUGGAUAUCGACAAAAAUCCAGCUCGCCACCUAUCUUGAGGAAGGAUGUUCACCUCUUCCGUUCGAAGAGCUGUUUCAACAGCACCGCCGCUGCCGAUAAUACUUCCUGUCCAUAAUGUCGCACCACGAGCUGCUACUUCUCAAGCCCUUUCAUUCCGUUCCCAUCAACGGAGAUUAUCGUCCUCUUCUUCGUCGAAACCUUCCAGCCCGGCAGAUGGAUCAAAGGGAGUAACAGAGGGGCAGGCCGUUCCUGCAUCCCCAUCACAAGCAAGACCUGAUGGCGAGAAGAAAGCUGCGAAAGCGGGGAAAAGAAAGGCAAAAGACGCUUCAAGAGGUUCUGCGAACAAAGCCGAUACCAUGCACAAUUUACCCAGCGUGCCUAGUACCAGUCACAUCGCGCCGAAUCAAAUUGCCGCAUCCGCAUUCUUCUCCCUACACAGACCUAUAUCCCUCACUAUGAACUUCCCUAAAGUCGUUACCGACGAAGCGUUCGCCGCUAUUUUUGCUCCACGAACACGAUCGAACAAAUCGCAAGACGUGAUAGCCACCCUAUCAAAUACACUUCAAACACUUGACUCUGUCACAGGGUCCCUCAAACAACUUAAUAUCCAAGAGCAAUGGAACGAAGAGACAGAUGAACUCCGCGCUGGCAUUACCGCCGAUUCCUACCGUGUUCAACAUCUCGACAACGCCAACGAACUACCCCGUUCAGUGUUCGCUCGCAAAUACACACCCUUUUCCCCUCCUCCCGCGCCCGUCCCAAUGAGUACAGAAGAAUCUCUUGCAGCAGGCGCAGAAGCCGCCGCCGAACAAGCAGAAGCGUAUCUCCCCCAGCAACGUACCUACCACACCCUCCUCGCGAUCACCGAAUUCACGGAUUCAGCCGGUGAAGUAACAUAUACAGCCGAAAGCGGCCCUAUAGUAUCCGAAGAUCCACCCAGAAGUUAUUUCGAGCGUUCUAGAAUGCGUCUUCGGGAGAGAGCGACAAUGUGGGCUAUUAGUGUGAAGAGACAGCGGAAAUUAAAAAUGAAGAAACACAAGUAUAAGAAGUUGAUGCGUCGGACGAGAAAUUUGAGACGAAGAUUAGAUCGUAACUAGUUUCUUUCCCCUGUUCUCUAAGCAGAAAUGGAGACUACGAUUAUGACGGAUACAUUUCUUUGGCUUGCCUGGGGGUUACCGGCUCACUGACGAUUUGGGGCAUAUUGAGGAAUACAUGCGUGCAAAUUGGGGUAUUGGGUUUUCCUUGAUCUCUAUGGGGGUAGAGUAGGGUUCGCAGUGGGAUUUGGAGAUGGCACGAAACGCCAUGAAUGAGUAGCCAGCUACUGGUUUUGAAUUAGCAAUAGCAUCUCGUAGUUUACGAACGUGGGUGUUGAUCACGUAGAAAUUCCGCUUCCACAAACUUACGGCUGCACACUCGCUCGGUAAUCCUAUUCCCUACUUCCCUUUCCAUUUCAAUGGGAGAUCACAUCUCCCUACCCCUAUAGCUUAUCCUCACUUAGAAAGCCAAGAAAUAAAUGUACUUAUACUAUCAAUU